GGCCCGCCGCCACCGACGAGAUGGAGGAGAUUGUAUAUCAACUCCAGGGGUUCAAGGGCAGGGUUUUUAAUGAUGUCAUUACGCCUUGUAACAAUGAGGCUGCCGGGCCUGGGAGGGUAACGGCCUCGGAGUGGCUGCGGGUGGGAUUCCACGACAUGGCCACCCACAACCGCGUCUUCGGCACCGGCGGGCUCGACGCCUCACUCCAAUUCGAGCUCACAAACGGUGAGAACACCGGGCCAGGCCACAACACCACCCUCAGGUUCUUGGCCAACUACUACUCAUCCCAAUCGAGUAUGGCCGACCUGAUUGCCGCCGGCGUCUACGCCUCCGUCCGAUCUUGCGGAGGCCCCGUCGUUCCCCUUCGCCUCGGGAGGAAAGACGCAACGUCCAGCGGCAGCACCGGCGUACCACAGCCCCAGAACUCGGCCGAAACGUUUAGGCAACAGUUCGACCGUAUGGGGUUCAGUACCGAGGAGAUGAUCCAGGUGACAGCUUGCGGACACACCCUCGGUGGUGUCCACUCGGAAGAGUUUCCCGAGAUUGUGCCCUCCGGUACGGGAACGAACGGCCAGAAGCCGCUUGAUACCACCGAUGCUACGUUUGAUAACAAGGUGGUCACUGAGUACAUCUCAGGGACUACGCAGAAUCCGCUGGUAGUUGGGCCAGCUGUUGCGGUGAACAGACACUCGGAUUUCAAGGUGUAUAACAUUGAUGGCAAUGCCACGAUGAAUGGGUUAACGUCGGCGACGACUUUCAGGGACGUUUGCAAGACUGUUCUUCAGAAGAUGAUUGAUACUGUGCCCUCGGGGGUGACGUUGACGGACCCAAUUACCCCGUAUGCGGUUAAGCCUGUUGAUAUGCAAUUGACAUUGAAUUCGGGAGGUAGCAGUUUUCUACUGAGUGGGUAUAUCAGAGUUCGCACAACAAACCGGGCUUCUGGCGCCAUCAAGAACAUCAAGAUGACUUGGAAAGAUAGGAACGGGGGUUGCGCUUCGGGGUCAUGUUCAUAUACCGCCACCGUACAAGGAGCCGGUACCGGGUUUGAUGAUACUUUUGAGUUUUUCCCUAUCUCAACCAACAUUCCCACUUCCUCAGGCAUUUCUUCCUUCACAGUCACCGUUAAUCUCAACGACGGCACCAGCGAGUCGUACGACAACAACGGAAACUCCUACCCUUUGUCAGAUGCCAUCAUCCUUCAAAAACCCCAGAGCUGUCUUCUUCAGAGCUCUGGUGCACUCACCGUUUCCGCGCUUGUCCGCAACGACAUCACCGCAACUCCCUCGCUGGGCAUCUCUUACCUUACUCCCCGCGGCGUCGUCCGCAACGGCAACCCUGUCCCUAUCCUCAGCAGCACCACCGUAGCCAUGACAAAAGGCGACUGUGCGGGUCCCUAUACCUUCUACUCCGCCAGCUACACCAUCGCAGGUGGUCUGAGUUACGCCGCCAAGCUCAGCGUCACCGCAGGCUCCAACUCCGAUAGCUUCAACAAGGCCAGCGAUCUAUCAGGCAGCUGCGCUACCUUUUCUGGAACUGCAUCCUGCACCUCGCCUGGUGAUGGUGGUGGUGGUGGUGGUAACGAACCAGACGCCUCUUCUACGAUUGCCAGCUCUUCCGCAGCUGGGCCAUCAUCAACCAGUAGCGUAGUCGAGGUCACCAGCUCCAGCCAUAUCACCAGCAGCACCACCGUCGCCCCCUCCAGCACCACCUCCUCCACUACUCCCACCGCCACCGGCCCCGCCAGGAAACCCACAGUCGCCGGCUACACCCGUCUCCGCUGCGCAACCGAAGGAUCCGGCGUGCGCGCCCUGACCGGCGCCUCCUUUGCCUACGACACCAUGACGCUCGAGUCGUGCGCGGCCAACUGCACCGCCGCAGGCAACUUUGCCUACUUCGGCGUCGAAUACGCUCGCGAAUGUUACUGCGGCAACUCCUUGGCAGCUAGCAGCUCCGAGGCGCCCGAUAGCGAGUGUAACAUGUUGUGCGCUGGUGAUGCGACAGAGUAUUGCGGGGCGGGGAAUCGGCUGGAGUUGUACGCGAAGCCUUCUUCUGGUGGGACGGGAACAACAAGAACAACAACAAUAACAACAAGUACUACUGCUAGCGCAGCACAGCCAACGGCUACCCUGGGAAGAAAGGACACGGUGGGCGAUUACGUCUUUGUCGGAUGCCAGACUGAAGCUACUGAAGGCGGUAGGGCGCUGGAGGGCAAGGCAUGGGCUGAUGACGGGAUGACGCUGGAGGGAUGUGCGGAGGCUUGUAGUGGGUGGGAGUAUUUUGGGGUGGAGUAUGGGAGGGAGUGCUACUGCGGCAACACCCUCCGAGGCGGCUCGGCUCCCGCUCCGCUGGCUGAUUGCAGCUUCACUUGUGCCGGUACUCCUUACGAGUACUGCGGCGCUGGAAAUCGACUUGAGCUUUAUCGGUUGGCGAGUGCUAGUUCGUCAUCAUCAAAGACGAGGAGGUUUCGUUUGGAGAGAGUACGGAGGCUUUGAUUUCGAUGAUGUUUUCUGUUAGGAAUCAGGAUGGAUGGGAGGAUACAAAUAGGAUACACAUUGUGACUGACUGGGCUCGUGGAGUAUACAUACAUGUAUAAACAAGUUGAUACUUUUUUUAAUGACGUCGAGCCAUCGGUU